AUGCCGCGCGAGCGAGAGCUCGAAGGAUCCGCGCGGGAUGUGGACGAAGUGGAGAGCCUCGUGGACAAACUCCGCAGUGGCCAGUUCUCAGAUGCCAUUGCGGCUGCUGAGAGGGCGACCGAUGCGCAGGAACAGAUGUGCCUUCGGCUCGAUGGCACUGUGAAGAAGGCUGAUCCCUUGUCAGCGUUUGUGGCUCAUGAUCCUGUCCAGCCAGAAUCAGGAAGUCCUGACCCCGAUGAUGAGCUGAAGAAGUUGCGGGAAGCAAGGAAAGCCCAGCUGCAGAAGGAAAGCCUGUGGAAGAAGCAGGGCCAUGGCUCUCUGCAAGAGCUUGCGGAUGAGAAAGAGUUCGUGGAGACGAUCGCGCCGCACGAGCGCGCCCUUCUGCUGCUGGACGAUGGUCGUUCGGCUGCGGGCGAGGAGUGCCGGAAAGUCUUGGGUCGCUUGGCCGGCAAACACCUGGAAACUCAGUUCUGUUGGCUUCCGGCCGACCGUGCCUUCUUCCUCACACAGAUGGUAGAUCUCGAGGCGCUUCCAACCAUCUUUGCGCUGAGCUUCGGUGAGGUGGUCAGGCACUUGCCACCAUCCCGACUCUUUGCAUAUUCAUCCGCCAGCUCGCCUCUCUUCCCCAGACACCUCGCGAAACUAUUGUGCAGCAUCAACUCUAUCGACGAUGCCGAUGACGACAGUUUGUCCGGCGAUGAUGCUUCGGGAGACGGUUUCUGA